GCGCGGGCGGGCCGGGGGCUGCGCCGCCGGGGAGGAGGUUUGGGGGAGCCUAGGGGGGUCCGGGCACUUACUUGGGCUGGAAGUUGGCGGCGAGAUGGGGAACGAGCGUUGGAAAACCGUGGGAGGAGCCUCGCAACUUGAGGAUGGGCAGCAGGAGAAAUCGCAGAGGAUGAGCUGCGGGUACAUCCUGUGCACCGUCCUGCUGUCAGUGGCCGUCCUCCUGGCAGUGACAGUCACGGGGGCCAUCCUCUUCAUGAACCACUACCACACGCCCGUCACCGAGUCGCCCCCCGUCAUCAGCACCAACCCCGAGGAGGCCAACGCGCUGGUGACCAUCGAGAAAGCCGACAGCUCCCGCAUCAACAUCUUCAUCGACCCCAACUGCCCCAGCGCCGCCGGCACCCUGGGCCGCAUGGAGGGGCUGCAGAUCUCCCUGCUGCGCGCCGUCACCGACCACGACGCCGAGGCCAAGGCCACUAAGAGCCAGCAGAAGGCCCUGCUGGUCACGGUGGCGGACGAGGUGGCCAAGCUGCUGACACACGCCGUGCAGCUGCGCGCCGACUGCGACGGCCUCAAGAAGGGGCACAGCGCCAUGGGGCAGGAGCUCAGCGCCCUGCAGGGAGAGCAGGGCAGGCUCAUCCAGCUGCUCUCGGAGAGCCAGACCAACAUGGCUCGGCUGGUGAGCUCCGUCAGCGACGUCCUGGACACGCUGCAGAAGGAGCGGGGCGGUGCCCGGCCCCGCCUCAAGGCUGACCUGCAGCGAGCACCGGCCAGGGGGGCGCGGCCCCGGGGCUGCUCCAACGGCUCCCGGCCCCGAGACUGCUUUGACAUCUAUGCGAGUGGACAGCAAGAGGACGGGAUUUACUCCAUCUUCCCCACGCACUAUCCCUCCGGCUUCCAGGUCUACUGUGACAUGACGACGGACGGGGGCGGCUGGACGGUGUUCCAGCGGCGGGAAGAUGGCUCUGUGAACUUCUUCCGUGGCUGGGAAGCCUACCGGGAUGGCUUUGGGAAGCUGACAGGAGAGCACUGGUUAGGGCUGAAGCGGAUCCACAUGCUGACAGUCCAGGGCACCUACGAGCUCCGCAUCGACCUGGAGGACUUUGACAACGGCACUGCCUUCGCCCACUACGGCAGCUUCGGGGUGGGGCUCUUCUCUGUGGACCCCGAGGAGGACGGGUACCCCAUCACCGUCACCGACUACUCGGGGACGGCAGGUGACUCCCUCCUGAAGCACAAUGGGAUGAAGUUCACCACCAAGGACCUGGACAACGACCACUCGGAGAACAACUGCGCCGCUUUCUACCACGGUGCCUGGUGGUACCGCAACUGCCACACCUCCAACCUCAACGGGCAGUACCUCAAGGGCCACCACAGCUCCUACGCCGAUGGCAUCGAGUGGUCCUCCUGGACCGGCUGGCAGUACUCCCUCAAAUUCACCGAGAUGAAGAUCCGGCCCAUCCGGGAAGAGAAUUAGCUGGAUGGCAGGAGCCCCCCCACACUGUGCCCAGCCCCCUGCCCUUCCCCACCACCCUGCAGCCCCAUCCCCCCCAGCUGCCAUCCUCCCCAUCCUCCCCGAGGGCUGGCCCAUCUUUGAGGGGCCUCUGGGGAGCACCUGCCCCCAGUGAGGGUGACUUUAUCUCCUGGGCAUCCACGGACAUUGCUGGACCUUUGCUUCCCACUGCCACGGCUCCGCUGCAGCCGGAAUGGCUCUGUUCUGGCCAGGGCAUGACCUGUGGCUGGUGCUCAUGCCCCAGAGAGGGCAGUGGGAUGCAGGGAUUUGGGGAGCAGUGCCCAGCAGGGUCCAGCAAGGAAGAGAAGGGGCUGCCUGGAGGUAGGGAGUAGCCCAGGUAGGCUGAGCACCUCUGAUCACCUCUGCUCCGGGCACAGACUCCAGGCAGUGGCCUCACCAAGUGACUGGGGGCACUUGCCACAGGGAGCCCCAAGACCCCCAGAAUCCCCCAGACUGGGACAAGGCUGCUCCACAGUUCCAGCUCCCCCCAUGGUGCUACUAGUGAUGGGGAGGGCUCAGCUGGGUCAGCCUGACCGUGCCAGUGAUUCUUUCUCUGGACUACAGAACAUUCGCCUCUGCCCCUGGAAGAGCAGCACAGCUGGGAAGGGACGACUACCAGCUCCUUAGUCCCUGUUGUCCCUGUCCUGCCUCCUGGAGCCUCCCCAUGGGUCAGAACACCCCAAAGCAAGCUGAUGCAGUGCUGCAAGGACGUCCACCCAGAACUGAGCAUGGCAUGGAGCUGUUUUGGCAGCACUGGAGAAAUGGGGAGCACAGCAAGUAGGAGGAGGAGGCGAGGAAGGUUCACUUCCCAGCACAGCUCUGCCUGCAUUUCGCAGCUCCUCCCUCCCAACCAGACUCACUCAGAUUCAUGUCGGCCAUCCAACAGCUGUGACCUUUCCCCAAACCCUUGGCUUUGGGCAGCACAGACACAUCCCCCACGUGAACCCCCUCUGCUCACUGCCGGCCCGGGGACCCGCGUUCAUUUUCACCCCGGCUGAGCCGUGCGCUGGCACGGCACCUGCAGAUAUCCAAAGCCUUUCAUUUCCUCAAAUCCCGUUAAGGUUUUGCAAAAAGAAGCCCCGAGUGGGGCUUAGCAUCUGCAGGGCCCUGAUAACUGGGCAGCAGUGGUGCCACGCACCAGCCAACCCAAGCAGGAGCUGCUGUGGGGUGCGGGACUGAUGUCUCCUGCUGGCUCCCUGGAAGGACUCAAAUGGGGGAUUUUGUCCAAAAGAAAACUAGAACCAAAUGUGAGAAGGCUCUGAAGCAGGAAGGGAAGGAGACAGCAGGGACCCAGUCACCCUGUCCAUCAUUUUCUGCCUGUGCUACAGCAGCGGUGGGGAGCAGAGCCCUGGCCCCCCAAGACACUGUUGGACAGAUGGAUGGACCGAGGAGGGGAGGAAAACUCCCAGUGUCCCCAUUUCCAGGGGGGCUUAAGGCAUGGGGAGAUCAAAGGCUCAGCUUCCCAGCUGCGCCAGGUUUGUACUGCCCUCUGUGAUUCUUCUUUUUUUAAGCCUUCCCACCUCGGAUCCUGUGCUGGACAAGCCCGUUCACCUGCUGGGUGAGUCCCUGUCUGUCUGUUUUGCGAGGAAAACAAGGACAAACAAUGUAUUGGGAUUGCUUUUCCUGUUCCAGAGACAUUCCUCAGAGCCCUCGGGUGAGGAUGAGCUCUGAGUGCAGGCACCAGCUCUACCUACUCCAACCCUGCCCAGAGCAGCUGGUCAGGCUUUCUGGAACGAUGGAAUUUGGGGAGCUCAGCAGUGGCAUUUCCCACUUCAAAAGCAGGAGCCCUGACAGCUUCCCAGGGCCUUCCUGUGCCCCACUGGACCUCUCUAGAAAGGGUCCCGCCUGCACCCAUCUUUACUUCUCGUUCAUUUAUUUUGUGGAGUAGCUGUAGCUGUGUUUUCUAGCACUUGCCUUUGGGCCAGGAAGGCACAUGGAGCCAUGUGCCGGGUGGGAAGGCCCUCCCCUCCCCAGACCCCUCCACUGGUGUUUUGCCACGCCGGGGAGGGGACACUGUACGUCGGUUUGUCGGUAGCACAUCCUUGAGUAACUGCCUGUGUCAUCCGGGACCCCCCAAUGACUUUGUUUUGACUUGCACGAGAGGUAUUUAAUCCAUGCCAAGACGCAGGAUUGCCCAGGAUUAUUCCCAAGAGCGCACACAUUGCUCCAUGGCCCUGGAUUAGGUUAAACCCGUCCGCGGUGACACCUCCCCGGAGAGGGGAGGGCAGGGGCGACUGGGGGUCCGGGAUGUGGCCACGUACCUUCCCGGCGAAGCCCUGAGCCAGGUCGUGGUGUGUAGCAGUGCCGUGAAGUCUCUCUAGGUCGUGUGUGAGUGUGUCCAACGCUGUACAUGUGGACUUUCUAAACUCCUUAAUAAAAGGAUCUCAUCGUUA